CCUUAUCAGGUUCGGGUUCGGUUUUAGUGAUUUUCGAUUACGGGUUUUCGGGUUUCGGUUUGGGUAACCGGACCCGAACUGACACCCCUACUUGUGAGUGUAUUGGUUCUUUCCCAGUCAUCCUCCCUUCUGCAAUUCUGUAACCACCAACGAAUCAAGAGUACUUUGAAGGGAUCCUUGAUGCAUAAAUAAAGUUUGGGGACUAUUUGAAUCUCCUGGUAAAGUUUGGGGGGUAUUCCGUAUUUAUUCACCUGCUUAUUGGCCUUUUCUUGGAUAUUCAUUUUGAGAGCUUUCGCCAAUUCGCGUUAUCUUUUCGGAGGCAGUCUGAAUUCUGAAAGGAAAACGAGACGAGGAAGCAGUGCACAAGAAGAAGAGACGGCCGUCGCUGUGCUACGACGACAGUCAAUAUCUCCGUAGCGGCCUCGCAUUUCAUCUUCACCGGCGCCGGUCACUGCUUGGAGGAAACUGGGAAGGAACUUAUCUCUACCUUCCAACUGUUUGGGUAAAUGCUGCUGGCUUUCGGUAGUAGCUAGCUACAGUCGUUGAAAUUGGAGGGACGGACGGACGGACGGCUCAAUUUCUUCUAUCAGCGUUACAUCUUUGUCUGAAUCUGAAUGAGCUCUCAUCAAUGCCUUCAUUAGAUAUUCCUACUGCUCGUACUUCGUUGAAGAACCAUCUGCCACCUCUGACUCCGAGGGCCCGGCUUCUUCCUCGUUGUCAAGCAUUUUCAUCCCCAUUCACUCCUGCUGCUGCUGAUGAUGCGAGACUGCUCUCCGUCUGGAAAUCUUUCCUCCCGCUCCGGCCUCUAAGGGUGCACCACGCUUAUCAACCGCACAAGUUUCUCAUCAAGGCAGUUGCAGCGACCCUCGAACCAAAGGGACUGGUCUCGAGCGAGCCGGGACAUGGGGAUCGAGCUCAAUGUGACACUCAUCUCGACUUCACUUCAGAGCUUUCCACAUCUUUUGAUGACUCUGAAACUGCAGAUUUGGAUGAGAGAGAGAGGUUGAGACGAAUGAGGAUCUCUAAAGCUAAUAAAGGAAAUGUACCUUGGAACAAGGGCAGGAAGCACAGUCCAGAAACCCUUCAACGCAUCAGGGAGAGAACGAAGAUUGCCAUGCAGAAUCCUAAGAUCAAAAUGAAGCUUGCAAGCCUUGGACAUGCUCAGAGCAAAGAGACAAGACUGAAAAUUGGCCAAGGAGUGCGAAUGGGAUGGGAAAAGCGUCGUGACAAGCUAAUGGUGCAAGAAACUUGUUAUUUUGAGUGGCAGAACUUGAUUGCAUCAUCUUCAAGGAUUGGCUGUGUUGACGAGGAAGAGCUGGAAUGGAAUUCUUACAGUAUCUUGAGUAAACAGCUUGAAACUGAAUGGGUAGAGAGUAUUGAAAAGCGGAGAGCAACUCCUAGGACAAAAGGCAACAAGAGGGCACCAAAAUCCCUUGAGCAAAGAAGAAAGAUUGCAGAAGCCAUUGCUGCCAAAUGGGCUGAUCCUGCAUACCGAGAUCGAGUUUGCUCUGCCCUUGCUAAAUAUCAUGGUGUUGCGGAAGGAACCGUGAGAAAGCCAAGGCGAAAGCCAGUUGGCAGCAGACCAUCCACCAAGAGGGACAGUGCAAAAAAGAAAGCCAGUGAAACAAGCAGUUCUUGUGGAAGUGAUGCCACGAGCUCUACACAGGUCAUGAAACAGCGAAACAGUACAACCCCUUCUUACAAGGAUCCUUUAGCCAGGUCCAAGUUGAAGAUGAUAAUGAACAUCAGAGCACAAAGAGCUGCCGUGGAAACUAAAAAAACUGAAGCCAUUGAAAGAGCAUGGUUAUUAAUUGCUCAAGCUGAGAAGGCAGCUAAGGUCCUUGAGGUUGCUGCAGCAGAAAGCCCGAUUGCGCGAGCUUCUCUGGUAGAGUCUAGAAAGCUUAUAGCAGAAGCAAUUCAGUCCAUUGAGUGUGUUGAUCGAGGGGAUGUUGAUCUUGCAACAACUGAACUGUCCGAUGAGGGGAAGGAAGUUGAUGAUGCUGGUGGGUCGCCAGGCUCUACCAGACCAGUGUUCGUAAAUGGGGGAACGAAAACAGCUUCUGCAACGUGUGCUGAAGAUGGGGAAUUGAUCAACUCGAGUAGACUGGAGUUCCAUGGUAAGUAUUGCAGCCCGCAUCAGGUGUUCGAUUUGGCGAGUCUCGUCGAGACACCAGAGGACCACUGCUGCCAGGGUGAAGUGAACGGGAAUCUCAAAUCUGCAACGAGUGUCCGGCCUAAUGGUUCCAGAGUCGAGCUGCACGAGAGUGAGGAGAAACCUUCAGAUUUGGUGGCCGGGGUGACUGCGAAGAGAUGGGUUCGCGGAAGACUUGUUGAAAUGGUACCAGGAGGUUGAAUGUAGUAGUAGUAGUAGUCGUUGGAAGAGUUUAUUAUCAUUAUCGUUGUUUAUGAUAAUUUUUCCUGAUCUGCUUAGUGGUGACAUCGAAGGAUGCAGAGACAUGCAUGUGCUGCUUUUAGCUGGAGCACUUUGUGCUUCAUUCUUUCUUUUGGAGCACUUUGUAUUUCUUUUCUUUUUCCACAUUUCCACUCUUCGAUGACAGUUUGGUGUAUACUGUAUAGUAAUUACUAAUUAUUAGUUUUAGCUUGGAAUGUGCGUGUUAGUGUAGUAAGUGACGCAAUGGGUCUGAAUCUGAUUAGAGUUUGGCCUGGGACAGGGAGGUGAUAUAAUCCAAAAGCUUGUUGCCGUCGAAUUAAGUUCGUUUGGAGAAUAGAUUCACUGAAUUUGUAGAUUUUGUAGAAAGUGUUUUUUUGUUGUUGUUGUUGUUUUUCGAUUUUAUAUCUUGAUCAUAAAAAAAAAUUUCUCCUAGUUUUUUCUUCUUUUUAUUUAUUUAUCACAUGAAAUAUAUUUAUCAACAAAGUUUUUAAUAUUUCUCGAACCACUAUAAUUUUUUAUUAAGGAUAAACAUGUUAUUUAAUAUAAUUUUUUUUAUUUUAAUGGGAUGUUAAUAAUCACAGUUACCAAACAAUAAACAUAAAAUCUGUUUUCAACAAUCUGGGGAGUUAUAAUGUUUAGAUUGUUGACAAUCUGUAGAUUUAAACUCAUAUUCUCCAAACGGCAAGCUUACCGAACUUCAUAUUGUAUUUUUUUGUGUAUUAUAAAUUUGGAGUAUCAAAAAUAAAUUAUGAUUUUAUAAUAAUUGAUUUAAAAGAACAGUGAUGGAGGAGAUGCACCACCUUCUCUAAUGAGAGUCAAAGAUCAAACUCAACCAUCAAUCUACACCAAAAUAUCGAAAGAGAUAAAUAAACUCAGUUUCAUUAACAUUAGACAAAAUACACUUGCAUAGCCACAACUUUGAUGUUUGUGACACUUGUAGCCUGAUUUGAAAAAAAUACACUUGCAUAGUUAGAUUUUGGGUUUUGUUUGACAAAUAUAGUCAUUCCGUCACACACCGUUAAUGAUGCUGACUGGACUAACAAUUUAUACUGAUAUGGUACUUUUUUUUUACUUUGCCACCCGUCUGUCAUGUCAUAUUUGUCAAUACAUAUUCGUAUAGCCAAAACUUUGAUACUAAUUACUAAUGCAGUCAUUUUUUCAAAAUUAAAAAUCACACCUCCUUAAAUCCCCCCCUUCCCACCCCAAAUCUCAUCGCCCUCUUAACCUAAUUUAUCCGUGCCUUAAACCCUAAAUGCCCCAAUAUCGCAGUCACUAGCAACCAACGCUCUACUGGCUCAUCGAGCGCCCCAUUUCUUCAUCGCCGAGAAGCACACUAUUGAUGAUUCAAAGCAGAUAUGCAUCGUAUUGUUGAGGGUCUUUAGCGAGCCAAUUUUGGGGGCCUCCGGUUGGGAGAGACAAAACGGAGCACAGAGCAAUAAGAUUUCACUCUAACAUCGAAGAGGGAUUUGCCUUCGUUAAAUGAAGAAUCAGACAAGAAAUCGUUGUUGGAACCGAAAAAUGAAGAGAUCAAAUUGAGAUUUUUUAGAGAUUCUAAUUUCUAAAGGCUAGGUGGAGUCUAUUAUUAAAAAAAAAAAAAACUAAAGGUAACAACAACACCGAAGCCAAUGAAUGUCAAUGAAUUAGGUUAAGAUGAAGAUGAGAUUUAGGAUGGGAAGGAGGGAUUUCUGGAGGUGAAAUUUUUAAUUUUGAAAAAUUGGCUAUAUUAUGAAUUCAGGUUCCAAUUCUGAGUUACAUGUUUUGCUACAAAUAUUCAAUAUCUGCUUAGAGUUUAGUGAGUUGGGUGAUGAAGAUACUAACGAUUUGAGAAAAAAGAAAAGACUAUUGAUAAU